AUGAAGUUUCGGUUGUUGCCGGUUGUAGCCGUGCUACCGGGAAUGUCCAAGCUUGAUUGGGCGGGCAACUGGUUGCGCAACCGGAGAGACCAUAAUCUGGUGGCGAGCAGGAAUUGCCCGUUGCAGCCUGCGCCCGUGUCCACAGGGGGGUGGUCGGCGUUGCCAUUCGAGCCCAUGCAUGGGGCUAUGUGGUUGCGUGAGAAGCUGGCAGGUAUGCACGUUCCGGUGAGCCGACUUAGCGAUAUUGCAACUCACUCCCUGAAGGCAACGGUGUUGUCGUGGCUGUCGCGUGCUGCGUGCCCGCAAGACUUGCAGCGCAGGGCAGGGUAUCACAUGUCAACCUUUGAGAAGAGUGCGUUGGAGUAUGAGCGGGAUGGACAAUCAGCUGUACUGCAUUUCAUUGAGGGCGUGUACGAGUGCAUCAUUCAUGCCAUGUUUUCCCCUGACGCAAGUCGAUCUGGUCGUUGGUCGGGAUGCAGGUCGGUUGAAGAGGGCAUGAAGAUUUUGGCAGGCGCCGUUGAUGAGGUGUUCCCACGAGCGACUGAGGGUGAUGGGGAUGCCAGUGAAUUGGAAGAUGAGUCGGAGCCCGAUGCACAAGGUGCAGAAGCUGAUUCCGAGGAUGAGCAGAUGAUGGCGGAAGUAGCUGUGCAUCAGGUCGCAAAGGCCGCGCCUAUGGCCAUGCCGGAGUGCAUAGCCUUUAGGCGCUGGAUGAGUGGAGUUGUGCACUUGAGCCCUGUUGUGACUUCAGAUGACGAUGGGGAGGCAUGCGUGUUCAAGUGUGGGAGGACGGCCAACUCUAACUACGAGCAGCUCAAGUUUGUGCCUUCGUGCAACACCCGACAGUGUUCCGUGUGCACGCGCAUUGGCAUCCCGGGAGCCGUUGUGAAGAAGCUUGCUACCCAUGGGUGGAACACUUAUGCUACCUUUGGCUUCUGCAUCCAGAAUCAUGCUGAUGACAAGUCGUUCGAGUCACAGGUCAUAGGACCCGUCUUGGGUACCGACCCAGCUAUGGUCACCCACGCUGCGAAGUUGCGUAGGUUGUUCAUGGAGUCCUACACUGUGUCUGCGGGCGAAAUCAAGAGACAGGCUGAGGCGUCGGAACAGGAUGCACCGCGGAAGUUGCCACCACAAGAGAUGGCAGCCCGAAUCGAGCUGUUGGCAGCGAAGAUUGCUCCCUUGAAGAUUCAGGAUCGCCUUGAGCCAUCCCAGAACUUGGUUAGUUUGGCGUGCCAGAUGUUGGAUGAGGGUCGUGUCAAGUACAUCUCUUGGGCGCAGUGCACCACAAGGUCGCAGGAGAUCAACGCUGUCAAGGAGAUCAAUAGCCUUAAGAUUUGGCAGCCAGCCAAGGAUGGUGUCAUCAAGGAGACGCGUGUGGAGCCAGGCAUGACAGCGGCAGUGGCUACGGAGCUUGAGGUUCACCAGGCACUGCGUCGCAGAGGCAUUGCUUAUGCUGUGGCACAGGUGAUGUCCUUUGCCCGUCAUGAAGAACUGAUAGCCCUCUUGUUUGAUGAGUUGCAACGCGAGGCAAAGGCUGGUUUCCACCCCGUGUCGCUGGCUCAGCUUGCGCAAGCGGACAGAGAGAUUCACGUUCGGCUGGGCGAGGCAACCAGGGCAGGUCUGGUGAACGGACCUGGCGGUGAGCUCCCACUUGAUGUUCCGUUGACCCGUGUCUUGCAGAGCCCGGCGGUCAUGUGGUUGCUCAUGCCUCGUCUCAAGCAGGGGUCAGCGCCAGCAACCGAAGAUCCGGAGGCGGCUGAAACGCCCAAGAAGAAGAAGACUCGGAAGAACAAGAAGAAAGACCCGAAGAAGGAGGCGGAUGUUGAGACACCGCCUGCCAAGAAGCGUCGGGUUCCCAUGCCGAAGGCGCUGAUUGGCGGCACACCCGAGGAUCCUGAGGGAAACUCGCUGUGUUUCGGGUUCUCGUUGAAGACCUGUAAGGGCCAUGCCGUGUCCGUGCUUGACGAUGGGGGGGCCGAAGGGCCAAGCCUUGACGCUCACGUGAAGCCUCCGGAGGGAGGUGAUCCGUGGGCGUCCGUGCAUCGUCAGGUCAAGGGGCCUAAGUUUGUGCAAAGGCGUUUGCAGCGUGUGCUUGCGGCUACGGGUCCAGUUUUGGUGCGCCAUGAAGCGGUUCAUAAGCCGUGCAGCCUUCAUGGUGUGGGACACUCGCCUACUGAUUGUGAUGCAGCUCAGCAUCCUGCUGAGAGACUUGCGGCCACGAUCAGCAAUCCUGACAACAAUGAUAUCCUCAGGCUGUUGAAGCUGUUACCGUCAGAGAAGCCAGCCCGAGGUGUUGAGCAGCCGAAUUCACAUUCUUUCAGCACAGGUGCUUUUUCCAAAGAUGGACGGGUCGGGGUGCGUAAUUUUCUUAAGGAGUUUCCUGUCACAUCGCGUCUCUUGACGGCUUUCGUGCGCCGACAUGCCCCGGGGCAUUGCUUUGGGGCCGUAGCGCUCUUUACCAAUCUUGAGGCAGAUUUUCACAAAGAUGUCAACAAUGAUGCAUCAUGUCACAAUUGGAUAUGCCCUCUCUCGCAUUGGGAGGCUGGCGGCGAGGUCUGGGUCGAGGACGAGCAAGGCUCUUCCUGGCAAAAUGCCCGUGGUGUGUGGCGACGAGGCCGCCUUUUGCCCGUGCGACAGCACCCUGUUCUCUUGGCGUCGCAUGACUUGCACAAGGUUUUGCCAUGGAAGGGGAACCGGGUCGUGCUGGUGGCGUUCAUGCCUCGCGGUUUGUCGGGACUUGAGCCGGAACAUCAGCGCCUCAUGUCCAGUGCAGGUUUCGUGCUGCCAGGGAUUGGGCAUGCGUUGCCUCCUUUCGUGCGUGAGGGCGGAGCCCUGCAAGACGCCUUAGUGUCUCCGGGCGCUAGGUCACCUAAUGCCGCUCAAGAUGCAAAACCUCCCUAUGUGCUGGAGAUCUUUUGUGGCACUGCCGGCGUGGCUGCCGCUAUGCAGGCACGAGGUUGUGAUGUCCUUGGCAUUGACAAAGACUUGCGUCCGCGCAAAGUGCGCGCACCGGCGGUGCGCCUGGACUUGUGUGAUGCGGAACAGCGUCGGCUUGUGUGGCAGGAGAUCCAACGGGCCGAUGCCGUCUGGCUGGCUCCUGCGUGUGGCACAUCGUCCCGGGCAAGAGGCGUACGUUUGCCUUCCGGGGGACCGCAACCCAAGGCCUUGAGGUCGGAGGAUUUCCCACAGGGCUUUCCAAGCUUGCGUGGCGUCAACAAAGCACGGGUGACGGCAGCGAACACUUUGUAUGCGUUUUGCGCUGAGGUCUUUGAGUAUUGCCGUCAAAACCACAAGGUAGCCGUCAUAGAGAAUCCCGAACGUUCCUUCAUGUGGCUCACUGUGUGGAUGCAGCGUGUGUUGUCCAUGGGCAGGUGGCAUGUACUACAUGCGUGCAUGUAUGGGUCCCGGCGUUUGAAGCGCACAGCCUUGCUGGCCACGCAUGAUUUGCCGUCCAUGCGCAGCCAGUGUGAUGGCGCCCAUGCACACAUGGCAUGGGGGCGAUGCAAGCAAGGCGCCGGGUGGGCUUUCGCUACGGCCGCCGAGGUGAGCUAUCCCCGGCCCAUGUGCAGUGCCGCGGCCAAUGAUUUGUGUGCUAUCCUGCGAGCCAAGGGUUCCUUGCUUGAUGGUUCAUAUGCUUCGCGCACCGCUUUGGCCACUGUUGCGUCGCAGCGUCAGCCACGACGCGAUGGCCCGCAAGUGGGACCCGAGGAGUUCCUAUCCACCGUGACUGUACAGGUGCCUGCUGAGGUCGAGGUGCCGGACUGCAUACCGGCUACUGGGUGCUUGGUGCCGGGUCUUGGGGGUGUUCCUGCUGGCUCCAAAUUACUUGCCUCACGUCGUUGCGAAGAAGGGGGGAAGGUAGUUCGUGAGGUUGUGUUUGGCAUAUACAGGACACCAGAUGCAUUUGUCAAUGAAGCUUUGAAGUGCAUACAUCCGUUUGACAAGCCGGGAGCUUUAGACAUGGACAAUGUGCAGGCUAUGGCCAAUAUCUUUCAGCAUGGGAUAGAGGGCACGAAGGCUUUUCGAGAGAGGAUGUUGGAUCACUACAGAAACAGAGCAAGGGAGCUGCAGCCCAUGGAGGAUGCGGCCAAGGGCCAAAUGCACCCCGAUGUGAAAGCAAUUAUGGGAUCCAAGCGCUUGUUGCUGUUGCAGGAGCUCAUGAGCGAUGCAGGCGUCCAGGACCGUGAGCUAGUAGCAGACAUGGCCAGUGGUUUCCGACUGACGGGUGAACUGAGACCCUCGGGCUUGUUCCCUCGGCAACUGAAGCCGGCCGCAUUGACGCAGGAUGAUCUGAAAGCAACGUGCAGAUGGUCCAAGCAUCUUGUGGAAGCCUCUUGCCGAAGGGCGGCUCGCGACAAGGAGGUGGCGGCCAAGAUUUGGGACGAGACUCUCGAGCAGAAGGAAAAGCAGUGGGUCAAAGGGCCUUUUAGCGAAAUUAACGAUAAAUACAAAGGUGAAUGGAUUGCAUCGAAACGCUUCGGUGUUGUGCAAGGAGAGAAAAUCAGGGGCAUAGACGACUUGUCUGAAUUCCUGGUCAAUGCUUCUGUCACAGAGACUGAGAAGGUUGUCUUGGAUGGGGUUGAUGCCAUAGCAGCUACAGCUCGUUUCUUUGUACGGGGUGCCCUAGGAGCGACUGAAGAAUUCCACUUGCCGGAUCGUGAUGGUGAAACGUUCAGUGGGCGACUUCACCCCGACUUCCGAGACAAGGAGAAUCGGCAGCUACACGGCAGAGCUCUUGACUUGAAAAGCGCCUACAAACAACUUGCUCGGCAUCCAGACGAUGCAUGGGCCACAAUCCUGGCGGUUUUGAAUCCUUCGGAUGACACAGUGUACUAUUUUGAAGCGGUAGCGCUACCGUUUGGCGGGACGGGGUCGGUCACCAGCUUUAACAGGGCGGCGCGGGUGCUCAAAAUGGUGAUGGCCCGACUGUUUUGGUUGGUGAGCACCAAUUAUUACGAUGACUAUUGCCAAAUGGAACUUUCCCCGCUGAUCGAGUCGGCUUCGCAGACGGCUGAGGCGUUGCUGGAGCUCCUUGGAUGGGAGGUAGCCCGAGGCGAUAAGCUCAAGGACUUCGCGAAGUCUUUCGACAUCCUAGGGGUGACUGUCAGGUUCGAUAGAGCUUGUGAGGGCAUCGUAGAGGUGUGCAACAAGGCUGGAAGGAUUGAAGAGCUCACGAGUGCGUUGCAAAACCUUGCGAGUGGGGCCUGUGGUCACAGUGAGCUUGCGUCGUUCAAAGGGCGCAUGUUGUUCGCUACCAACCAUGUGUACGGAAGGUGUGCGCAAAUAUGCACCCAACUCAUCAGCCAGGCCCAAAGAUCCGGUGAUGUUGCGGUGGCCCGGGAAGCCAUACUGGAUGCAGCGCGCUUGGCGUUGGAUACCUUGCGAGCAUCGGGCCCGCGACGGCUGUCGUGUUGGGCUCAUGAACCGCCCGUGCUCAUCUUUUCCGAUGGUGCCCAUGAAGAUCAAAUUGUGACACAUGGAGCCGUGCUCUUUGACCCACUUACAGGGAGACAAGAGUUCUUUGGUGAUUUUGUACCAGAGUGGCUAGUGAAGCGGUGGAGGUCUAAGGGCUUAAAGCAGUUGAUCUUUUUCGCUGAGUUGCUACCUGUGGCAGUUGCCAAGGCGACCUGGGCACAUGUGCUCGAAGGUCGGCUCUGUUUCUUCUUCGUGGACAAUGAAGCCGCGAGAGCUAGCUUGAUCAGAUCCUUCACACCUGUGAUCAAUGCAACUUCCAUCCUGAUGGAUGUGGCUUUGGCAGAUGUCAAGUCUAAUGCAAUAUCAUGGUACUCGCGCGUUCCAUCAAAGAGCAACAUAGCAGAUGACGCAUCCCGCUUGUGCUUCACCAGAUACCAGUCCAUGUUUCGCCAAGUUGCACCAGUGUAUGAAAGCAUCACUUGA